UUUCAAGAUCCCAAAGCGGUUUUUAGGUCCGGGUAGAGGGUCACAGCAGGCGCUCCUACACGUGUUAACACUCGGAAACUCGGCUUGAAAGAAAGGAUCACCACCAUUCAUGAAAUUAACUGUAACUUGUUUAAACUGUGCAAGCUUUGUGCGUAAGUUCGGCUGCUGAGCAAACUUCAACCCGAGGGAGGAAAUGAAUUUAUGGACCCGGCAGUUCCACAGAAACUGGGAGUUGUAGAGCCGUCACUACUUGCUUAUUAACUAUUCAGAUACACAUACCGAAAGACAUGUUUAGAUUAACUUCUCCUUUUAGCUGAAAACAUGAAGUUGUAGGCCUGUCUGUCGUUAACGUGACGCGCUGGAUGUUCACCCAUGAAACAGGGCGACUUUCAACCACUUUUAGUUCAGUUUGCAGUGGUCUAGUUGUUGAGUGAAAGCUUCAUACUCCAUGAGUAUAUUGAGGAGAUUCGUUUAAUAUGAGCGAGAAACAAGCGCUAGGUGACACUAAACUAAACGAGGAUCAAACCAAGACGGACUUGGAAAACCAUGUCAAGCCGGAGGCGGGUGACGAGGCGCAGCGCGCCGAAGAGCCGAGUCAGCUGGACGGUCAUGAAGCGCCACGACCAACCCGUCUGUACAAGCGGCGGUGGAUGAUUGUCCUCCUGUUCAGCUCGUAUUCACUGUGCAACUCCUUCCAAUGGAUACAGUACGGCAUCAUCAACAACAUUUUCAUGAAGUUCUACAACGUGGACGCCUUCACCAUAGACUGGAUGUCUAUGAUCUACAUGCUGACAUACAUCCCCUUCAUCUUCCCGGUGACCUGGCUGCUGGACAAGAAGGGGCUUCGGGUCAUCGCGCUGGUGGCCACUGCGCUCAACUGUGCAGGGACGUGGAUCAAAGUGGCCAGCGUCAGACCCAACCUGUUCCCCGUCACCUUUCUGGGGCAGUUCUGCUGCUCGUUCGCGCAGGUGUUCAUCCUCGGGAUGCCGUCGAGAAUCGCGUCAGUGUGGUUUGGUUCGGAGGAGGUGUCCACCGCCUGCUCCAUCGGAGUCUUCGGGAAUCAGCUGGGUAUUGCCAUUGGUUUCCUCGUGCCUCCGAUCCUGGUGCCUAAUGUGGAUGACAUGGACGAGCUGGCUCACCACAUCAGCAUUAUGUUCUACAUCACCGCAGGAGUGGCUACCUUACUCUUUAUCCUCGUUGUCUUCGUCUUCCAGGAGCGUCCUAACCUACCUCCGACUCAGGCCCAGGCCACAGCUCGUAGCAUCCCACCAGAGCAGUACUCCUACACAGCCUCCAUCCUCAGGCUGCUCCGCAACAGGCCCUUCAUCCUCCUCAUCAUCACUUAUGGUUUGAACGUGGGUUGUUUCUAUGCUCUCGGCACCCUACUGAACCGGAUGAUCAUCGACCAUUACCCUGGAGAAGAGGUGAAUGCUGGGAGGAUUGGCCUCACCAUAGUCAUUGCGGGGAUGGUCGGCUCCCUGAUCUGUGGCAUUUGGUUGGACAAAACUAAAACCUACAAGCAGACAACCCUCGCAGUCUACUUCAUGUCUCUGGUGGGGAUGAUAGUCUAUGCUGCUACACUCAGUCUGGGACACCUCUGGGUGGUCUUCAUCACCGCUGGAUCUCUUGGAUUCUUCAUGACGGGCUACCUGCCGCUGGGCUUUGAGUUUGCGGUCGAGCUGACGUACCCAGAGUCCGAGGGAACCUCUUCCGGACUCCUCAACUGUUCAGCACAGGUGUUUGGCAUCAUAUUCACCAUUUGCCAGGGUAAGAUCAUCGACCACUUUGGCACACUGGCAGGAAACAUCUUCCUCUGUGUCUUUCUUCUAAUCGGCACAAUAAUGACAGGCCUAAUAAAGGCUGAUCUGCGAAGACAAAAUGCAAACCUGUUGGCCAAAGCAGCAUUUCAGGGUCCUGGUAUUGAUGCAUUUCCAAGAAAACAUAGAAAACAAACGAGAAUGACUGAGAGCUCACGAGAAGAUCAACAUGUGAAGUUGUUUUUGUGCCUUAAACUGCACGAAAAGGAAACCUCAGCUAGCUCGCAGUGCAGAAUAUUAUCUCCAGUAAGCCUGGUCAGAGCCAUGGAUUACAUAAAGGUGCAGGAUGGUUUCUAACUGAAACUGCAGGUAUAAAUGCCUGACAGCUCACACUGUUACUGUGUGCUUAAGGCUCAGUGAAUACAGUGUGAACAUUUGAUGCCUUGGUGAUCAGUUUGAUGUGCAUUUAGAGUUUCAGUUGAUAGAGGUGCACACUGAUGGCUUUAGGCAAAAAAUGCAUACCGCUGUUAAGUUAAUUUUUCAAACAAAACUGUAAAACUAUAUCAUGUGUCAGGUAUAUUAGCAGGGUUUUCAUACAUGGUAAUGUAUGAAACCAGAACUUUUUUACUUUUAUGCUAAAGUUAUUUGUGUUAGGGGGAGAUUUUGUGCUUUUAACCCUUGCUGCCUGUUGAUGGUUUUACACACACACAGGUAACUCUCCCCCUGUAGCGCUACAUUUGUGUAGCCUGUGUUAGUGUUGCACUGCUACUAGUUGCCAUUUCUGAUUUGGAUAUGUGUAAUGGUUGCAAACUAGAGCUGACAGAUGUAGAAUGUGGUGUCUUAUAAAACAUUUUUUAAGUUUUGGAAAUAGAAGAAUGAGUCUUACGUUCAAAUUCACCUCUACCAGCAAUUUUUUCUUGUUUCCAGCAAGAUGUCAGAUUUCCAAGUACUGAAACUGUCCAUAAUUAAUCUAUAAUGACAUUGUAGCAGUGUGUUUUCUACCCAUUGAUUGAUUGUUAACUAGUCUGUAGACAUUGCGUUAAUUUUGGGGGUUUUUAGUGUAGCAGAGCCUUUCCAGAGAGUUAACACUCACAAUAGCAGCAUCCUGACUCUGCAUGACCUGAAUGGAACAGAACCUCAAUUAGUAUCAUUAAUAACGCCUGUGUUCAUCCGACUAUUUCAUGUCAAAAUGGCUGCUGAUGCGCACAUUGUCACAAAUUUGUGACUUAACUGACUGCCAUUAUUAAUGUUAUUAACACCUGUGCCCCUUCUAUUGUGAGGAGUCAAAAUGUCUCCUGGGAAAAAGGGUAUUGAUGUGCUUUUAUUUGUCUAUUUUUCAUUUUCACCCAGCAUGUAGUCAGUACACUCAAAAACUACACACAGCCAUAUUUCCUUACUAAAGCUAAAGAAAGCUGUUUUCAAUUAUAGCUUAUCUUGAAUGUUUGUGUACACAGAGUGUAGGAAUGGGUGUGAGGUUUGUGCACACUGAUAAGAAAUAACGUACUGGGAUAUUCACCUGAACAUGUGUUUAUAUGUGUUUGGUCACUAUUUUAAGUGAUUAUUUAGCUCUAAAAUCUACAGACAAAAGAGAACUUCAGUGUUGAAUCCAUAAUAUUGUUGAAUUAACAUGCCUGUUU